ACAUCAGCUGUAUAUUCAUGGUAUAUUCUACAGGUUACUGAGUGUAUCGUUCUUUAACAAACAUUCUUCUUGAAUUUUUUUUAUAUUAAUUAAGUAUUCUUUUCCCAUUAAUACUUAAUAACUAUAAAUAUGUCAUUUUCAUGUGCAGUUAUCACCGUUAGUGAUACUUGUUAUAAUAAAACAGCUAUUGAUAAAAGUGGUCCAGCUUUACUAGAAGCAAUAAAAGAAAAUUUCCCUGGAGCAAGAUCAAUGUAUGCAUUAGUUCCAGACAGUUAUGAUGAAAUAAUCAAUCUACUAAAGACUUAUUGCGAACAAAACAUAAAUCUUAUUUUAACAACUGGUGGCACAGGUUUAUCUAAAAGAGAUGUAACUCCAGAAGCAACUAAAUCAAUCAUUGAGAAAGAAAUACCCGGAAUAACACAAACAAUGCUUUUAAAAAGUUUGGAAAUUACUGAUAUGGCAAUGUUAUCGCGAGCUGUUGCUGGGAGCAAAAAUAACUCUUUAAUUAUAAAUUUACCGGGAAGUAAGAAAGGUGCAUUAGAAUGCUUUGGGUUUAUCAAAUCAAUUAUACCCCACGCAAUCGAUUUAAUCUUAGAUCGUAAAGAAAAUAUUAAAGUCACACAUUCUCAAAUUUCAAAACAUAAUCAAGAAAAUAAAGAUUUAAAACCAAAUACAACAAGCAAAGUUAAAAUUUUACCCUCAGCUUUAAGAAAUAGAACAUCUCAAUAUGAAAUGAUUAGCUUUGAUAAAGCCUUUAACAUUGUAAAAGAUUUCUCAAAAAAUUUUCAUGAUAUAGAAGAAAUACCGAUCGAAGAGUCUCUCGAUAGAGUUUUAGCAUGCAAUAUUAUUACAAAUACCCCAUUUCCACCUUUUAGGGCGUCCAUAAAAGAUGGAUACGCUGUAAUUGCUGCGGAUGGAGCAGGUGAACGCGUGGUAAAAACUGGUUUUGCGGCUGGUGAUGAUACUUCGGGUUUAUUUGUUAAUCUUGGAGAAACUGUUCGUGUUAAUACCGGGGGUUGUGUCCCAGAAGGAGCUGAUGCGGUUGUUCAAGUUGAAGAUACAUCUCUAAUUGAGGCCGACGAACAAGGAAAUGAAAUUAAAAUUAUGAUUAAUAAAGCACCUAUUUGUAAUCAAGAUAUAAGAUCUAUUGGGAGUGAUAUCUCAAAAAGUACGAUUCUUUUUAGGGAAGGUGAAACGAUUUCAUCUGCCCAUAUAGGAAUAUUUGCAACUUUGGGGCAUUUAAAAAUAAAAGUGUAUAGGCGUGCUCGUGUUGGAUUACUAUCGACAGGUAAUGAAAUAUGCUCCAUUAAAACAGAAAAUUUAAAGCCGGGUCAUAUUCGAGAUAGCAACAAAUUAACAUUGUUAAAUCUCUUGAAAACUUUUGGAUACACCGCCAACGAUCUUGGAAUCAUAAAAGAUGACCCAGACUUACUAAAACAAGCGUUACAAGAUGCUUUUACACAUCACGAUGUAAUAAUAACAACUGGAGGAGUCUCAAUGGGCGAAUACGACCUAAUUAAAGAAAUUCUAAAAGUUGAUUUUGACGCGACUAUUUUAUUCGGUAGAGUUAAUAUGAAACCUGGAAAACCUACAACUUUUGCAACAUGCCAAUUUAAUGGAUCUACUAAAUUAAUAUUUGCGCUACCUGGAAAUCCAGUUUCAGCUACUGUUACAUGUAGAUUAUUUGUUAUUCCAUCAUUGCGUACAUAUGAAUGUUCUAGAAAUGAUACAUAUCAUCUUUUUAAAGCACAAGUGAAUGUGCAGAUUACUGGUGAUGAUAGAUGGGAUUUUAGACGUGUCAAGAUAUCCGAACUUGCAGCAACAAAUCGUGUUAAAAUUGCUACUGAAGUUGGCAACCAAAUUAGCAGCAGAUUGAAUAGUUGCGUUGGUGCUCAAGGAUUAUUAAUCGUUCCUGCUAGAUUUAAUACAACUAAUUUACCGUUUUUCUUAGAUGCUAUUAUGUUAUACCGUUAGAAUAAAUAUUGUGAUAAAAAUAACCACUUUAUGGUUCAUCGAGAAAAACAUAACCAUAAAAUUUUGACAGAGAAA